AUGAAGGAUCUGGGUGAGUUAAAGUACUUUCUAGGUAUUGAGUUUGCAAGAUCUAAACAAGGGAUACUGAUGCACCAAAGGAAUUAUGCACUAGAACUCAUUUCUGAGCUUAGAUUAAGUGCUGCUAAACCCUGUGCAACUCCUUUAGACACUAAUGAUAUACUGACAAUAAAAGAGUAUGAUGAUCACUGUAAAAAUGACAGUCAGUUAGCAGAUGAACCUCUUGCUGACAUUAAUUCAUACCAAAGAUUGAUAGGUAAACUACUCUAUCUAACAAUGACCAGAUUUGAUAUUUCAUUUAGUGUUCAAACCCUCAGUCAGUUUUUACAACAACCUAAAAAAUCUCACAUGGAAGCAGCUAUGAGAGUUGUUAAAUAUGUCAAGAGUCAACCUGGAAGAGGAAUUCUGCUAUCAAGCUCAACCAACAAUAACAUCACAGCUUACUGUGAUGCAGACUAG